AUGGACUUCGGCGACGCCCUCGCCGCUGGUUCUUCAGGCCGUUCCGAGGAGAGCUCUACCAGCACCCGCGAGCUUCACAGUCAGCACAUUUACGAGCUCCAAUUGGAGGUCAACGCCCUCCGUGCUGAAAUUCAGACUCUCAGGUCCGCAUUGCAGGCUUUGGAAGAGUCCCUUGCUCGUGCCUGGGUGAACCAGACCGGCCACCACCAACGUCUCUCGUGGCUCGAAGGGAUUAUUCAGAGCUUGAGGACUGCCUGUCGGGUGUUUCUUGAGCCAGGCCCUAACUCAGACGCUUUGCUUGGGCCAUCCGAAUUUCAUGCGGCCUUGGUCGCUGCCGAGAGGCCGCUUGUUCUGGAUGCUCAGUCUCUUCUCAUCAAGGACUUGUCUUGGCACAUAAAGGUGGGCGAGGCGUCUCGAAAGACUCCUCUUCUCCCUUGGGAGACGGGUCCCCUUUCUUGGAUCUUUGGUAGGCCACUCAAGAGGCCGCGUCUGGAGCUACCUCGGGACCUGUCUCCCGAUUCAGGAUCUGCUGUUGAUGCGGGGGUGCCUCUGGUGCAUCCACAGCCGGUGCCCAACUUUGCAAGGGAGCGUCUUAGGAUUGCAGCUCUCCUGGCUACAGACGACAGUUCUCGCUGGGAAGCUCUGAGGAAGUUCAGGACGCUGGUUUUGCUUGACCCGGCGCUGUCUCAGGUGGGGCAGUCACUUGCGGCUGAGGCUUUGAUUCUGCGAGACGGCGAUCAGAUGAGGCGAACUUUCUUGGAUGUCUUCCAUGGCAAGAGUACAGCUACCUUAGUGAAGAGAGCCUCGUCGCUUUGGAGGUUUGCCAACUUUUGUUUUGACAAUGGUCUGGGAAAUCCGCUCGGGGCUGGCGAGAAGGUUCUGUACCGAUACAUGUCGCACCUCGAGGAACAUGGCAAGCCGACAUCCGCCUCGGCUUUCCUUCAGGCCUGGAACUUCGCUGUCCACACUUUGAAGCUCUGUAGCCCGGACGCUUUGGGGGCCUUGUCUGCUAGAGUGAAGGGUGCUGCGCAGCGCAUGUACUCCUUGAAGAGGAAGCUUGUUCAGGCAGUACCUUUGACAGUGAAGCAGGUGAAAGGCCUGGAGUACGUGGUCCUGAAGUCCCCGUACCCCCAUUGGCGAAUCAUUGCGGGUCACCUCUUGAUGUGCAUAGGGUCUAGCUGCCGAUUCGCCGAUUCCUUGCAGCUGACCAGCCUCAAGGUCAGCACUGCUCAGGGUGUUACCCUGGUUGAGGCAGAGAGCUCGAAGUGGAAGACGGCUUCGAGGAAGGACCAGCUCCUUCCUUUGGCCUCCUUGGGAAAGUUCUUCGCUGAGGAGUCGUGGGGAGAAGUUUGGGCUAAGGAGCGCGAGGCUGCUGGUCUUGGCCUCGGCCCGGCGCUCCCGGCUUUCUCCGAGGUGACUGGUGAGUGGCUUAACCGUCCUAUGUCCACGGGGGAGGCCACUUGUUAUCUUAGGGAGUUCAUGACCGCGGCUUCCCAGAUGACUGCUGGUUUAGGGUGUCAUUCUCUGAAGUGCACUGUCUUGUCUUGGGCUGCAAAAUCCACGGAUGUCCCUCUCGCUGAUCGACGUUUGCUGGGGCAUCACAUAGAUCCGGGAGUGGUGUCGCCGCUUACUUAUGCGAGGGACGAGCAGACCCGACUCAUGAAGGUAGUUCAUCUUUUGGUGGAAAAGAUCAGGAAAGGAGCCUUCAAGCCGGAUGCCUCGAAGGUCUGGCGCCUCGCGAAGCUGAUUGAGUCUGGUGGCACGGAGCUGCUUAUUGAACAGACUGUGCAAGGCGAUCCCUCUAUGGAGGAGUCCGAUGACGAGGAAGGCGACUUCGGCGACGGGGACAUGGCCGCUGGAGGAGCGUGCGCCUCGAUGGAGCGAUUGAGUGCAGCUGAGCUGGACAUUGCUAAAGAUAGUCGGAUGCAUGUCUACUCGAGGGUGGUGCACAUCCUGAAAGGAUCCAAGUUCCUAUGUGGGAGGAACCUCUCUCCAAACUAUGAGGCCAUCGAUCCGGAUGUUCCCCUCCGAGACUUGCCGGUAUGCGCUCAGUGCUCGCAGAAGUACCAGCAGCCGUCCUUGAAGGACGGGACAGUAGCAGCCAUGAAUUCGACAAUUGACAGCGAAGCCACGUUCGCUGCCCGGGCCACCGAGCUCGGCAUGGAGCGCGCUCUCUUGGAUUUGCUUGUGAACAACAACGUGAAGACGAUGGGCGCGCUAGCCUUUGUGAGCCCCUAUCAAAUCGGUCAAGCAGAUGAGAAACCUCUUCUUGAAGCCCUCAAAGCCCUGAUAGGGCGCGACUUGACCGCGAAGGAGCUGAUCCCAGUCAGGCGGUUGUGGUUUGAAGCCUCGACCACAGUGAUGGGGGAGUUGAAGCAGAAAGUAGAAAGAAAUGACUCUGCUGAACCAGUUCGUCUAGCCAUAGCGGAAAGAACAACACGUCUGGAUGAGCAGAAAAAGCGCCUUGUGGGCGUGUGCAUCAACAGUGAGUCUGAACCUUCUCACCGCCUUGUGGAUGUUGUCUUCCAGCAGGGCGCGGAUCAGCAGCUGACGUGGUUGCCUUGGGAGAAGUUGACAAGUCGGGCUCAUGAGUUGACGCAUUCUCGCUCCGACAACGCCAUCCUGUUUGAUGCUCAGGGCAACAUGAGGCUGACUAAGAAGAUGCAGGAGAGCCAGUGUACUCUGACAGGUGAGCUCCAAGCUCGACAAGCGCUUCAGAGGCGCGCGUUGGCGUAUGACCUCGCCCGCUUGUGUGACUAUGCUGUCAUGGAAACCUACCAUGAGGAGUUGUUCCAGCUCCUCACUCGGCCUCCACCUCCCAAUGCCCUCUACGUCUCAAUGGGCCAAAUUCGAGAAGCUGAUAAGCACUUGUUCAUCAGGAUCGCAGAGCAAACCCGGGGCUCUCUCACGGCUCGCCCGGAUGGUGCUAAGCCUUUGCAACAGCAGCUCGAGCUUCUCAAGAACCAUCCUCAGGUGCAGUUCUUCUUGAUGCCACCGCAGAAGCCUCUCCGCUACUCUCCUUAUGAUGGCAAAGGGGAGGGCAAGAAGGGAGCUGGAGGCAAGGGAAAAGGGAAAGCAUCGACCGGUGCUCCCGCAGGAGGGGCGGCGCAAGUGGACCUCCCAUCUGGAUGCAGUGCCAAACACAAUGGCAAGCCAAUAUGCUUUGCGUACAACAGGGCGGGCUGUAAGUUUGCCAAGGAUGGCAAGCGGUUGCGCCUCGCCCUGGAUCGACUUCUUCAACGAAGGUGUUUCAAGCUGGGGCCUACAUUUUCGGUGUGCUGGCCGGUCUACGCCGGUCUUGAGUUUGUUUUCAGUAACAUUGCUGUCUUUGCGAACUUACGGACUGAGAUGCACCUAGAUCCUAAUAAUCUGGAGGGCACUUUGAACUUUGCCAUUGCCCUGUCUUCCUUCGAAAGCGGACAGAUUCGACUUGAAGGCGGGCCGCAGGGUUCUGAGGCCCUUUUGGAUGUCAAGCCAGGCGUCUUCUUUGAUGCCCGGACUCGACGCCACGGGACCUGUGACUGGACAGGUCAGCGAGUCGUUCUUGUGGCAUUCAGCCUCAGGGGCUCCGAUCGCCUUUCUGCAAAGGACGUGUUCGCUGGCUGUGCUCGCUUGUCAGCUACGUUCGCCCGGGUUGGUUUCAAGGUCAUGCCCUUUGAUGGCCCUCGGAACCCGCAUCAGCCUGAGCAUCCUGUGUGCACGCUUGACCUGACAUUGCCGAUUUGCCAACAGAUCUUCUUGAGCCGCCUCGAGAAUUCCAGUGUCUUCUUGAUUCACUUUGGGUUGCCUUGUGGCACAGGAUCGCGUGCCCGCGAGGCGCCACUUCCCCAACAUCUGCGAGCCAGUGGUGCUCCUCAGCCUCGCCCGCUCCGAGACCAUGUGCACGUCUUGGGCCUCCCUUCCUUGAGUCCUCAACAGUCUGCUAGAGUGGAGGCCGCCAACCGACUGGCCGAGUUCGUGGUGCAGGUGCUUGUGCGAGCACAUGAUCGAGGCUGGCGCAUUGUCAUCGAGAACCCCGUUCGUUCUUGGAUGUGGAGUGUUCUAGCCCACUUUGUGCGCGCGCUUGACAAGCCUCGCUUUCGGUCAUGGUACUCCGAGCUGUUCACUUUUGAUUUUGAUCAAUGCUGCUGGGGCGGUCGCCGUCGCAAAACUUCCAGGUUCUUGACCAAUGUGCCCGAGCUUCGCUCCUUGGUGGCUUCUUGUCAAAAUGAUCACCCUCACGAGCCGUACCGCAUCUUCAGAGGUGCGGCCUCUUCUUGGAAAUUCGACACAGCUUCCGAGGCCGAGUAUCCUUUGCCUUUGUGCGAACAGUACGUUCGCCUCUUGUGCCCGCUGGUCAAUGCCCAGCCGCCCAACCUGCCUAGGCCUUUGGUUCGUCAGGUUCAUCGGAAGCCUCCUGUCGUGCCUGAGUACAAAUCCUUCACAAAUGUCCGCCCUGAAAGUGGUGAGUUUCGCGAGCUCGCUUCAGAUCGGGGUGUUGGCGGGAGCAGCUCAACUCAGGGCUCCACGUUUGGAGUCUUUCACUCUAAGGGUGAGUUCCUUGAGAAGGCGCUGGAAGUUGAGCACCCCUUUGAUUCCGCCUUUGCCAUUGACGAUCAGACCAAAAGGAACGUCUUCGAGUUGCUCACCAUGGGUCUCCUGGGCCCUGCUCGCAGGCGGAUGGACACUCAGAAAAAGCUUUCAGCGUUGAAGCGUGAGCUUGCCGUCGAGGAGAAGCGUUUUCACGCCUCCCUUCCGGAGCACGCCCAAAAGGUGCUCAAGGGGAAGAACAUCUUGUUGUGGAAGAAGCUCCUUGAGGAGACCGGGUUCCCAGACAUCACGGUCGCUGAGCUCAUGGAGGGCGUCCCACUGGUCGGUAGGCCUAGUAAGUCUUCCUUGUAUGGGUGGAAGGAGCAGCCGGCGACCACAACGUUGGAUGAUCUUCUUGUUUCCUCCGUGUGGAGGAACCCUGCUCUGGCGGCGAAGGGCAGAGUUGGGGACGACCCCGUCCUAGCCGAGAAAAUCUGGCAGGCUACACUUUCGGAGGUGGAGAGGGGCUUCAUCUCGGGGCCCUACGAUUCGGAAGAGGACGUUAAGAAGGCCCUUGGAGUCUCUCACAUCUGCUGCAGCCGGCGCUUUGGGGUGAAGCAAGGUGCAGGCGAUGCUUUGAAGUAUCGCCCCAUCGACGACUUCAAGGAGAGUGCCAUAAAUUCUGCCUACCACGCGGUGGAUCGCUUGCAGCUGCAUGACGUCGACUACUUUGUUUCCUUGAUAAGGUUUCUGGCGAACUCCGUGGACGACUCGGGUGCAGUCAAUGUCGAGCUGUCCGACGGGACAGUGCUGAGUGGGGCUGUGCACAGUGACUUUCGAUCGGGGCGGCGCUGGCUUGGAAGGUGUCUCGAUCUGGAAAAGGCGUAUAAGCAGGUUCCCAUAUUGGCCGCUCACUUGCCCCUAGCCGUCAUAAUGGUAUGGGACCCGAACACCAGCCGCAACAGAUAUUUUACCACUUGGAGCAUGCCGUUCGGCGCAUGCGCGGCCGUGUUUGGAUUCAAUCGCAUAUCCAGGUCGCUCUUACAUCUGGCAUCGCACCUUUGCGCCGUCAUAGGAGGCGUGUAUUUUGAUGAUUAUCCUAUGAUUGAGCCUGCUGAGUCUUCUAGGAUGUGCAGCCUCUCGGUGGAAACCCUGCUUGACUCCUUGGGAUGGUCUUAUGCCGUCGGUGACGACAAGGGUCAGCCUUUUGAGGAAACCUUCAACCUCCUUGGCAUGCGGCUGGGCGUUUCUAGAAUCAUGGAUGACAUCCUCGAGCUCGAGAACAAGCCCAGCCGGGUCCAGAAGCUCGUUGAGGCAGCCAGGAGAAUGGCUGCGAGUGGGGUUGUGAGCAAGAGUGACUCUGCAUCCCUUCAUGGCCAACUGAACUUCAUGGUGGGCUUCGCUUCCGGCCGUUCCUUGAAAUUUGCUGCGCGAGCCUUGUCAAACCUUUAUCACUUUCCACGGGAUCAGCCUGACGAGGAGGUGAAGUCCUUGGGCCGCUACCUUGAGUCUGCGCUUUUGAGCUUGGAGCCCAAGGUCAUCAGGCUGAGGUCAGGCGGGAGGCCGGUGUCAGUCUUCAGCGACGCCUCUUACGAAGAUGGCGUGGCGGCAUGGGGCAUUGUCUUGGCAGACCCUGUCUCUGGUGAGAGGCUGGUAGCUGGCGGGAUUGUAGAUGAUCGCCUUGUGCAGUUUUGGCUUGAUGAAGGAGUUGAACAAGUCAUUUCACAGGCCGAGGCCUUUGCUUUGGUUCUGGCAAGGAGAGCUUUCAAGGACCACCUGCAGUGCCGCAGAUGCGUGUUCUAUGUCGACAAUGAUGCGGUGCGCUAUGUAUGCAUUAAGGCGAGCAGUCCGAGCCGAACCCUCCUCUCCUUGGCCUGCUCCUUUUACGCCAGUGAGUCUCAUGACGGAGUCAUUUCAUGGCUGGAGCGUGUUCCUUCUGCUAGCAAUAUCGCUGAUCUCCCUAGCAGGGGAGAAUGCGCUGAGGCGGCAAAGCUGAUAGGAGGCAAGAUUGUCGACUGCAGUCAGAUUGCAUCGGACCUGACUUCGGAAAUUUUGUCCGUGGAUGAUCUUCCGUGGAGCCUUCUCGCUACGUCCUACAAGGACAAAGCACCUCCGAUCUUCUUGUGA